AUGCACUUUGGUUACCUUUUCUUUUUCCUUUUUUUAAUUGUGCACUUUGGUCACUUUUUCUCUUUCUUUUUUAAUUGUUUUCUUUUAUUAUCUUUUCUCUUUUUUAAUUGUUUACAUUUCCUCUUUGGAGAAUCUCUCUCUCUCUCUCUUUCUCUCUCUCUUUCUCUCUCUCUUUCUCUCUCUCUCUCUCUCUCUUUCUCUCUCUCUCUAUCUUUCUUAGUUUUGUCACCUCUUUCUUUUUUACUUGUUCACUUUAGCAAGCUUCUCUCAUUUUUAGCAUUUCUCUUUAAUAACUUUUCUCUUUCUUUUUUAAUUGACCAUUUUAUUAACUUGCUCCCUCUUUCUCUUUCUCUUUCUCUAUCUAUCUAUCUAUCUAUCUAUCUAUCCCCGUCUGUUCAAUAUCUAUCUAUCUAUCUAUCUAUGAAUCCCUAUCAAUCAAUCAAUCAAUCUAUCUAUCUAUCUAUCUAUCUAUCUAUCUAUCUAUCUAUCUAUCUAUCUAUGAAUCCCUAUCUAUCUAUCUAUCUAUCUAUCUAUCUAUCUAUCUAUGAAUCAUUGUCUGUUCAGUAUCUAUCUAUCUAUCUAUCUAUCUAUCUAUCUAUCUAUCUAUCUCGUCUAACUGUUCUAUUUUCACCUUCUCUCUCCCUGGGACCAAUUUCAGAUGAUACACCCUUCAACCUUAGAUCUUAUGGAGUACCGUUCUCUCUCUUUAUAUAUCUCUCACUAUUUCUCUUUCUGUGUAUCUCUCUCUUUCUGUCUCUGUCUCUUUCUUUUUCUACCUCUAUCUCUCUCUUUCUCUCUCUCUUUCUCUCUCUGUAUCUCUUUUGUCUCUUUCUCUCUCUCUUUCUCUCUCAUUUUGUCUCCCUCUUGCUGUCUCUCAUUUUCUAUCUCUUUCUGCAUGUCUCUCUUGCUAUCUCUCUCUCUCUCUCUCUCUCUCUAUUCAUUUAUUUCUAUCUCUCUCCCUCUUUUAUCUCUCUCUUUCUGUCUCUGUCUCUCUCCUGCUACCUCUCUCUUUCACUUUCUCUGUCUCUGUCUCUCUCUUUCUGUCUUUCUCCCUUCUACCUUUCUCUCAUUCUCUAUCACUCUCUAUCUCUCACCCUUUCUCUCCCUCUCUCAUACAUACAGAGAGAGAGAGAGAAAGAGAGAGAGAGAAACUAUAUUAUAUUUCUUUUUUAUUUAGUGGCGAAUAUCUACAAAGUUUCUUUCCCUUUUUCAAUAGUCAUAAUUUCUUCCUUCUCCUCUUCUGGUACUCCCCCCUCUCUCUCUCUCUCUCUCUCUCUCUCUCUUUCUCUCUGCAUCUCUCUGUUUCUGUUUCUGUCUCUUUUUCUCUCUCUCUUUCUGUCUCUCUUUUCUAUCUCUUUCUUUGUGUCUGUCUUGCUAUCUCUCUCUCUCUCUUUCUGUUUAUCUCUCGUUCUAUCACUAUUACUUUUUCUGUCUCUCUCUUUGUACCUAUCUCUCUCUUUAUAUAUCUCUAUUUCUAUCUCUGUCUCUCUCCUUCUACUUCUCCCUUUUUCAAUCUCUCCCUCUCUCUCUCUCUUUUUGUCUAACUCAUUUCUAUCUUUCUCUAAUACUCUAUUGCUCUCUCUCCCUUUCUCUCCCUCUCUCUCUCUCUCUCUCUCUCUCUCUCACACACACACAUACGGAGAGAGAAGGAGAAACUAUAUUGUAUUUAUUUCUUAUUUAAUGGCAAAUAAAUAUCUAGACAUUUCUCUCCCUUCUUUUUCUCUCUCUUUAGCUUUCUUUAUUUCCCCCCCCUUUUUUUCUAUUCUUCUCUUACACUUACUCUCUUUAUUUCUCUUUCUUUCUCUUUGUUUUUCUCUUUUUAUUUAUUUCUUUUCCUCUUUCUUUCUCUUCUUUUCUUUCUCUUCUUCUCUUACUUUGUCUUUUCUUAUUUUCCUCUUUCAUUCGCAACGUUUCUUUUUCUACCUCUCUUCAUUUUCUUUACUUCUUUUUCAUUUCUCUUCUUCAUUUUCUCUUCUUUUCUUUUUUCAUCUUCUUUUUGCAGAUCGCUUUCUUUUUAUUAUUUUCUUUCUCCUCCUCUUCUUUUUCUUUGACUUCCCCACGUUAUUUCUUUUUUCCUUCCUUUCCAUCUUCAGAUUUAUUUGUACUUAUUUUCCUCACUUUCUUAGUUUAAUUUUUAUUAAUUUUUUAUUUCUCUUCGUCGUCUUCUCUUUCUUUUUUUCUUCUUUUUUUCUUUUCUAUCGAUUCCAUUCUUUCUAUUCUUUGCUUUAA